CCGCCGCCACUUAGCGCGAACACUUAUCCAGGAGCAGCCUCGCAGGACGGCCCUCGACAGCCUGACAGCUCUAUCUGCUUCCAGAUCAGCGCGCACUUCCUGCCCGUGACGCGUCACAUGACUCGGCUUGUGCUGCGGCGCAGAGAGGAGAAGGAGGAAGCGCACGGCGUGGAAACUACAAAAGUUGCCAUGAAAACGUCCGCGAGCUGCGCGAAUCCCUGAGGAGAAGUUUUUCGGAAAGCCCGAGACCGAGAUGCAGGGAUCACCCGGCGCAGAAAGCUCUGAGUGAGUCGAUGUGACGCGAAGUGCGAAUGAGUUGUUGGAGUAAAUAGGACGCCAAAGUAAAGCGGGGCCAGGAAGCGCAUCUGUGGUCCAGAUGAAGUGCUUGGUGAUAGCCAGCGAGAGCGCUGAGGUCCUCUUCCAGUGGACCGACCUAGAGUUUCAGCAGAAUAUCCAGGAGCAGUAUGGAGCGUCUCAAGAGGAGGGCCAGGGGCUUCCAGCCUUCGAGGACUGCAUCAGCACUCUGUUUGCCCCCAUCAUUAUCUCCAGCACCACCAUGUUGGACAGGCAGAGCGACAGCUACACGUCCUUCACCACGGAAAACAACCACAUCUACGUCCUGCACCAGUUCGAGGAGUUUCUCUACAUAGCUGUGAACGGAGAUGGUGAGGAGAAGGAGGACGACCUGAGGAGGAAGCUCUACGUGAUGAAGAAGAUGAUCGAGGUCAUGUUCGGCAUGGUCACCCUCAGCAGCGCCCUCCUGAAGAGAGAGCUGCGUCCUCAGGACACAGAGCAAAGGGCGAGGCUGUGGAAGCAUCUCCAGAGCCUGCUGGAGACCUACAGCUGCCUCCGGGAGAAUGACCAGAGCUUCUUAGUGGAGGCAGUGGAGAGGCUGAUUCACCCCACGCUGUGCGAGCAGUGCAUCGAGUUCCUGGAGCGCCGUUUGGUUCCGCAGCUCAACGGCAGCCCGGAGAAGGUGAGAGCGGGCGAAGAGGUGCUGCACGCCUUCAUCCUGGUUCACACCAAGCUGCUUGCCUUCUACUCCAGCCGUAACGCGAGCACGCUCUCCACCUCGGACCUUCUGGCCCUCAUCAUCAUGGCGCAGAACAUGUAUCCCAGCAGCGUGGACCUGGAUGAGCCAAGUCCCGAAGAGGUUGACAGUACAUCUGGUUCUGGUCCUGAAAGUUUUUACACUCCAGAGACCUCCCCUACAGACAGAGACUCGAGCAGUUCAGACCAGCCAGUGAGAGGAAGUACACCUGUGUUUGAGUUUGUGGACCCAGACGUCCAGAUGGCAGAGGACAGCUUGCACACACUGGACAUCAGUCCACCCGACACUUCGACCCCUCGCAGAGUCUUCUUGGAGGUCUUGCAAAAGGAUGGGCUGUUUCCCAUGAUGCCUCACUCCAUGUAUUGUAUGCCGCUGUGGCCUGGCAUCACGCUGGUGCUGGUGACGAAGAUUUCCAACAACCAAGUGGCCAUGUGGGUGUACAGGUUUCUGGAGGCCUUCGCCAAGCUGGAGAAACGUUUAAAUGAAAUUCAAGGAACCUCUACUGCUGCUAGAGGCCAGCUAACUAUCAACGACAUCCGCAGCAAACUAGAUAAAUUCAUUAAAGGCCUGGAACCUAGUGAGAUCCAGUCUGCUCAUUUACUGAAUGUCUGGACAGAGUUCAAAAAGCGAGCCUUCAGAGGAGGACCUGGCUUCAACAAAGAUCUAAUCCCAUGGUGUAAGAGCAUGAAGACCCAGCUGUGCAGCAUAUACCGACAGUGUUUUCUUACCGACUCAGCUGACGUUCCUCGACAUCUCUCCCCCGGCCUGCAAGAGCGAGCUCAGAUCAUGUUGCAAGAGAAACUGAUGGACUGGAAGGACUUCCUGUUGGUGAAAAGCAAGAGGAAUAUCACCAUGGUGUCUUACCUGGAGGAUUUCCCAGGCCUCAUCCAUUUCAUCUGUGUGGACCGAUCCAGCGGCCAGAUGAUCGCGCCGUCGCUCAGCAUCACCGAGCGCACCACGUCCGAGCUGGGGAAGGGCCCGGUGGCUCAGUACAUCAAGAGCAAGGUGUGGAGCCUGGUCAGAACAACACGCCGCUAUCUUCAGAAAGGCUACUCCACUGUCACAUUGCGCGAUGGAGAUUUCUACUUCUGCUACUUCCUCUGGUUUGAAAACGAAACUGGCUUCAAGUUAGAGGCAGGGGACAUACCCAUCCUACCUGAAGACUCCGCCCCCAUCGGGAUGCUUGCCUGCGACUACUACAGGAAGCUGCUUCGGUACUACAGCAAGAACCACCAGGGCGAGGCGGUCAAGUGCUACGAGCUGCUGACGGUCCACCUGGGGGUCAUCCCCACCGAGAUCAUCCUCCAACACUGCAGACAGCUGGCGAGCAAACUGUGGGAGCCUUCACGCAAUCCGCUGCUGUAGAGACACACACACUCCACGGGGGACGCUUGUUGUAUUGAUAAAAUAUAUAUAUAUAUAUAUAUAUAUAUAUAUAUAUAUAAUAUACACUGUGUCAUGUAUAUGGUGUUGCUAAGAUAAGCUCACCUGUAAUUAUUUAUUGGAAGCAAGUAAAACAUUGACGGGAUCACGCCUGAAGUUUUGUAGAUUUUAAUAUAUUCCUCUGUGUUCAUUAUUCAUUAUUUAUUAGUAAUACUGUACAUGUUUACAGUGGAACUUUUUUUUUUUAAUUUGCAGCUGAACUUGUAGAAAUUCUUUUAGAUGCUGUCCAUGUUUGCCUCUCCCGUUGCCCGUGUCAUAACCUGUCAAUAAUUGUACGUCUCUUGAAAUAUGAUUUUUUUUUUUUUUGUGAGAAAAGAAACACUGACAUUGACUUGUUUAUUCUGUCUUCACAAUCACAACUUUAACAGCACUGUCCGACGUUUUGCAUAAAACUCAAAUAAGUCCAGUGAGUUGGAA